CCGAUUACUGGAGAUGAUCAGUGGAACGAAAUGGACACGAACAAAGUGCGAGGUAAAAAUGUAGCUCUAUGUAGCUCUAUGUAGCUUGGAUGUUCGAGUUCAAACUUUCAGGCCUGGAAGGGAAGAGCUGGGAAGAGGAACAAUUUCAUGAAUCUGAGUCAUGGCUUGGGUCAAUUAUUUGGAAGCAUAAUGUACACAAUCGUCAAGUUCACCAUCUAGAGAAGUUGACAGAAUCUUGGCAAAAUGAUUUGGUAAACGAGCACAUAGUCACAUGUAUCAUCCACCUUUACCAGUAACCUUCAAUCUCAUGGCCGACGUCCGGGCACUUUUGAAAGCAAAACGACAAGAAGCUCGCAUCACACAUCCUCUUGCAUUAUAUAGUCAAUCGGGUCAGCUGAGAUGUACAGCUUGUGGGACCAUUGUCAAGCAUGCCUCUGCAUGGGAAGGACAUUUAGGAAGCAAAGCUCAUCGGACCAAUGUAGCGCGACUAAAGGAGCAGGAAAGGGCUAAAGAAGAACAGAGGCUCAGAGAAGAGAGAGAGGAACAGGAAAGAUUAUCGAAAGGGAAACGGAAAGCAGAACAGGAAGAUAUAAUUAUGCAGGAUGAAGAAACUACGUCAGAUACUGCGAUGAAGAAGCCACGGCUCAAUGAAGGUCCCAAUGGCUUCCCAGUUGACUUCUUUUCGGAUCCUUCGCGUGCUAUACCACUAGGCGGUGGUAGUUCUGAUAAUGAGGAAGAGGAAGACCAACCCGCAUCGGCCGCCGAGGAUGCACCGGUAGCAACAGCAAAGGCACCUUUGGAUUUAGAAUGGGAACGCUUUCAACGGGAGGUGGUUAACGCUCCCGAUUUCAAAGAAACGUACGAGAACGCGACUAUUUUUGCUGAGCCUGUACUGGCUCCCGAGGUGCCCGAAGGGUUUCCUGUCCCGGAAACGUUUUCCGAGCCCACGGAGCCGUCUAAAACAGAAGAAGAGGAAGCUAGACGGCAGAAGGAGUUGGAUGAACGGGAACUGAUAAUGGACAGGCUGCUCGAAGAGGAAAGGGCGCAGGAGGAGGCAGAUAUGAAAGUAGUCGCCAUGAAGAAUAAGUUGGAGUUACUGAGGAAGAAGAGAGAGGCUGCAAAAGUUGCAAAGGUAUCUUCAUCUUCAGCAUGACACUGUGCAUAGUUCAUAGUUCAUAGCAUACGGAUACCCU